GCCGUUUCCUUUGGGUUUCCUAGAAACAUCAAACUCUUGAAUUUUAAAUUUCCAUCUUUCAAUUCAUUGAAAGUGAAAAACGACUUGAUUAUUAAACUCCCAAUUAUAUGCAUCUACGCGUAUUUUAUAUUCAGUCUUUAUUAUUUUGAAUAUAUAUCUCUCCUUUUUGCUCUGUAUCCCUUCAACCAUAGCUAGUCAUCUUUCUUCUGUUGCAAGAAUGAAACCUCUACUUCAUCAUCCAUCUUCUUCUUCCAUUAUUUUCUAUUUCUCUAUCACACUUUUGAUGAUCUCAAUCAUGAAUAUUCCAACAUGUAUUUGCAAAGAUGAUCCCCAAUACACAAACUGUAACACCGCUUUUGACUGCAACAGCAGCGUCCCAGACCUCAAGUAUCCGUUCUGGGGAGGAAACAGAGCCAAAUACUGCGGUGGUGAUUCUAAUACAGAGGUCAUGUGCGAAGGAAAAGUGCCGAAGAUAACAAUUAAAAACGUGAAAUACCGUAUUCUUGAUUGGGAAAAUACAACAAAGAAACUGACUGUAGCUAGAGAAGAUUACUCGAGUGGCGAUGUUUGUGCUGUUAAUAACAAUUACAGUAACAGCACAUUCGAUAACACUGGUCAGUUUCAACGAUUUAGCGGUGUUUCAAACGUGACUCUGUUAUAUAACUGCGUUCCAAAUGGAGACCCAUCGAAUAUGUUUCAUAGUGUUGACUGCCAUAAUACUAAAUUUGUUGUCUACACCGUUGUUGAUCCUACUUUGUAUUCCACCAUAUGUAGUCCAAGUGUUAUUGUCGUCAUUCCCAUUUUGGAAACCUUUACUUCACAACUUGCAUCUGGUAGUGGAUUAGACGAUGCAUUAGAAAAAGGUUUUGAGUUGAGAUGGAAUGUAAACUCUCCGGAAUGUGACCGAUGCGUUGGAUCUGGUGGACUGUGUGGCAACGAUGGAGGAACUGGAUUCAGAUGUUUCUGUAAGGAUGUACCUUAUAAAGAUAUGUGCAAUUCAGAAAAGGCACCAACCUCAAGUAUUUCUUUAUUUGAUUGUGCAAAUAUAAGAAACUUGAGGUAUCCUUUCUGGGGGUCAAGUAGACCUCAAUAUUGUGGCCACCCUGCUUUUGAACUACAAUGCAAUGGUGAAGUAGCAACCAUUACCAUUAUGUCACAAAGUUAUAGAAUUCUUGAAGUCACUGAUUCUGACCAUAGACUCAAAGUUGUAAGAACUGAUUAUUGGAACAAUGUUUGUCCCACAAACCUUAAGAACACCACUAUAGGUUGCACUUUCUUCGAUUACGGUUCGGACUUUCGGAACAUGACACUCUACUAUGAUUGUCUUUACCCUCCAUUUCCUAUACUAGAUAGUUAUUCCCCUCAGUUUAAUUGUAGUGUAAAUGGAACUCAAAUGGUUAACUAUUUUGUGUUGGAGAGUAAUCUUGAGAAUGAUGUGAGUUUGGUCUCAUUGAGUGAAACAGUUGGAACAUGCAAAUCUAGUGUCAUUGUUCCAAUUUUGGAGUCAGAAGCUGAAAGGGUAGAGACAAAUUCAACUGUGGAGAGUUUGAAGGAUGUUGUUGAUAGUGGCUUUGGAGUGGAGUGGAAUGCAAAUAAUAGUUUGUGUCAUGAGUGCCAAAGCUCUGGUGGGCAUUGUGGUUAUGAACAAAGUUCAAGGGAAUUCACUUGCUUCUGCAAGGAUGGAUCCUAUUCACAUUCAUGUAGAUCAGGUGAGUAAGAACAACAAACUAUGUUGUCCCUCUCUUCUCCCAUCGUCAUCAUCAUCUCAAUUUUCAUCUUCUCUCUAUACCAUGCAACAUCAUUACCCUCUUAUGCAUCACUUUCUAGCUGCCACACCACCACCUUCAACUGUGGCACCAUAACCAACCUUUCCUACCCUUUCACCGGCGGCGGCCGUCCUUCCUUCUGUGGACCACCGCAGUUUCACUUGAACUGCCACAACAAUGUUCCUGAGUUGAACAUUUCCUCAGUGAGUUACAGAGUCCUUCAUAUCAACUCACUGACUCGUUCUCUCACCUUAGCAAGAUUAGACCUUUGGAAUGAAACAUGUACUCAUCAUUAUGUUAACUCAACUUUUGAUGGAACUAGCUUUAGCUUCGGUUUUGGAAACCGUAACCUUACUUUGUUUUAUGGCUGCAAACCCACUUCAGAAUUCAUCAAAACGCCAGAGAAUUUGUUUUACUGUGAGAGUUAUGGGGAUAAGAAUAAUUCAUAUUCUUUGGUUGGUCCUUUUCCUUUGGACCCAAUUCUUAGAAUUGUUCAAUGUGAUGUUGGUGUUGGGGUGCCAAUUCUUAUAGAGCAGGCUAAUAGAUUUGUAGGAAACCGGUCUUUGCUUAGGGAGGUUUUGAUGAAAGGGUUUAAUGUGAGUUAUAGUAACCCUUUUGAGAAUGAUUGUUUUGAGUGUAUUGGUUCUGGUGGUCAACAAUGUGGGUUUGAUUAUGAUGACAAUGAACCUAUUUGUAUUUGUGGUAAUGGGUUGUGUCCAUUUUCAGGUAAAAACUCUAACACUGGCGUUAUAAUAGGCAUAGUUGCAGGAGUUGCUGUCCUUGCUUGCAUUCUAGGAUUUGCAUGCUUUGUAGUGCGGCGAAGGAGGAAAAAUGCUGAGAAAUCAAGAAGCAAUGACCUCUUCAUGCCACCUGCAAGCAAUGGCACUAGCACUAACACUAGCACUAGCACUAGCACUGGCACUGGCACUGGCACUCUAACCUCCAGUACUAAUUUGUCUCAGAGUAUUCCUUCUUACCCCUCUUCCAAAUCCAACACAGCGCCAAAGAGUUUCUACUUUGGUGUCAAGGUAUUCACCUAUGCUGAACUAGAAGAAGCUACCGAAAAUUUCCACACUUCUAAAGAAAUUGGAGAGGGAGGUUUUGGCACUGUUUACAAAGGUGAACUCAAUGACGGGCGUGUGGUUGCAGUGAAGCGCCAUUACGAAAGCAACUUUAAACGCGUGGAACAGUUCAUGAAUGAAGUUGAGAUUCUAGCACGUUUAAGGCAUAAGAACCUGGUGACACUCUAUGGAUGUACCUCAAGACAUAGCAGAGAGCUUCUGCUUGUUUAUGAAUACAUACCUAAUGGAACAGUAGCUGAUCAUCUUCAUGGGAACCGAUCGAGCUCGACUUUGCUUCCUUGGGCUGUAAGGUUGAACAUUGCAGUAGAAACAGCUGAGGCAUUAGCCUUCCUCCAUGCAUCUGAUGUCAUGCACCGAGACGUUAAAUCCAACAACAUUCUCCUAGACGAGAAAUUUCAUGUUAAGGUUGCUGAUUUUGGCCUCUCAAGGUUGUUUCCAACUGAUGUCACACAUGUAACAACUGCUCCACAAGGAACACCUGGUUAUGUUGAUCCUGAGUAUUAUCAGUGUUACCAACUCACCGACAAGAGCGAUGUUUAUAGCUUUGGAGUAGUCUUAGUCGAGCUUAUAUCGUCAUUACAAGCCGUGGAUAUUACACGGCAUCGCAAUGACGUGAACUUAGCCAACAUGGCUGUCAAUAAAAUUCAUAGCCAAGAACUGCAUGAUUUGGUUGAUCCAUUACUUGGAUUUGAAAAAGACAAUAGUGUGAGAAGAAUGACAACAUCAGUGGCUGAAUUGGCAUUUAGGUGUUUGCAGCAACAAAGAGAGAUGAGACCUUCAAUGGAUGAGGUGCUGGAGAUAUUGAGAGCAAUAAAAAGCGAUGAACUCGACACGAAGGAAGCACAAGAAGUUGAUGUUGUUGUUAGAACAGAUGAACUUGUACUUUUGAAGAAGGGUCCUUAUCCAACUUCACCAGAUUCUGUUGCUGACAAAUGGGUUAGCGGUUCUUCUACAUCUACUUCCUCAUAGCUUCUAAGAUUUCCUUUUUCUUUUGGUGAGGACUUAGAUUUUUUUAGAUAGUAAAACUAAAAACUACUGUUGUCAAUGAGCUAGUAUACAAGUCAUUUUGGCCUUCAAAUAUCUUUUCUCUAAAAACUUAUCUGUUUUUCACAGUAUUAAAUUUUGCCUGUAUGAUACGAUUCUAAUAUAUGAGAUAUAAAUAAUAUAAAUUUAUGUUGUAAAUAUUCUCAUUUCUUACUUGGUUAGUUGGUUUGAUGUA